AGUGUUGGACGAUGGAGUAUAAUGGUGCUGAUAGAGUAAAUAUGGCUAUUGCUACAUUACGCAAUGAUUUGCUUGAGAUGAGAAACCAAGAUGUACAACUAAUGAAACAAUUAUUGAAUAUCAAUGUAACGAUACAGAAAAUAGCCCAUCAACGGCGUUGGCAGUUGAUUAAACCAUGUACCAACAAUCAUAAACCAAAAAGACAACAAAGUGUGCCACCUUUUAUGUGGCUUCACAAGGACUAUAUUGGAUCUAGUUCAAGCUCAGAUGACAUUUCAGAAGAUAUGAGUGAUUAUUCCGAUACAGAAGAUGAAACAUUUUCAAAAUCCAAUGGUUUUCAUUUACGUACCAGCAUAGUCUCUAUACUUCCUCUGAGUGACGAUGAAGGCGAUGAAAGUUCAGAUGAAGAGAUUCUUAAGACGAAUAUAAAAUUAUGGAAAUUCUCCAGGUGUCAUGAUAAUGAUUGA